AAAGCCCCGGGGCGCGCGGGCCCCUUCAGCCGCCGUCGGCUCCGAGUUGCUGUGGAAACCCAGCUGCCAUCAUUAUGUCGUUGCAACAGGCCCCUCAGUCUCGCGUGUUCGUGGAACUGGUUCCUUGGGUUGACCGGGGCCGGGAGAACAGUCUCGUCUCGGGGGGCAAUACGCUGCCCGACUUCCGCCGUCCCCUCCCCUCAGCACAGGCCCAAAAUGCAACCCGGGAGGUGCACGUAAGUGGCACCGCAGAGGUGUCUGUGAGCCCCGACAGGGCGCAGGUAACGGUGCGCAUCAACAGCACCAAGGAGGCGGCGGCCGAGGUCAAGAAGAGCGUUUGCCGUCGCCUGGACUACAUCACGCAGAGCCUUCAGCUGCAGGGUCUGCAGGCAGAAAAUGUAACUGUGACAAAGGAUUUUAGAAGAGUGGAAAAUGCUUAUCACAUGGAAGCAGAGGUCUGCAUUACAUUUACUGAAUUUGGAAAAAUGCAAAAUAUUUGUAACUUUCUUGUUGAAAAACUAGAUAGCUCUGUUAUCAUCAGCCAACCCCAAUUCUAUCAUACUCCAGGUUCUAUUGAGAAUCUUCGACGUCAAGCCUGUCUUGUUGCUGUUGAGAAUGCACAGCGCAAAGCUCAAGAAGUCUGUAACCUUGUUGGCCAAACUCUAGGAAAACCGUUAUUAAUCAAAGAAGAAGAAACAAAAGAAUGGGAAGGCCAAACAGAUGAUCACCAGUCAUCCAGACUCUUAAGUUCAUUAACUGUACAACAAAAAAUAAAAAGUGCAACAAUACAUGCUUCCUCAAAAGUAUUUGUAAAUUUUGAAGUAAAGGGGAAAGAGAAGAAAAAAAAACAUCUCUGAAACCCCAACCAAAAUAUACUGUAUUUGUAUCAUUUUGUCAUUUUUAUAUUUUUUAUAAUGUUUGCUUUUGUCCUGAACAUAUAUAUAUAUAUAUAUAUAUAUAUAUAUAUAUAUAGUAUCGUGUAUAAAGUGUUUCUCCCAAAAAUCUGUCAAUCCUUGAAUAUAGUCCCAAGAAAACUUCUCUUUAAUUUCUAUUUUUAAAAACUUACUAUAGGAAAUACUCUUUGGAAAUAAAUAUGAUAUGUGCACACUUGUAUACUGAAUUCAUAUAGAUGCAUGUGUAAGUAACUUUUAUAUUUCUGCUAUAGGAAGAAAUAAUAACACAGUUAUUAGCAUGAUUGUUAACAGUAAUACAAAGAAUGAAAAGCAAUACAUAACUUUUAAUAAAAGGGUAAUGAGAUAUACUAGGACAAUAUUUUGAUGCCCGAAAUAAAAGACAAUAUAUGGACCACACCCUCUUCAUCAGAGCUUCUCUCCAAUACAUCAGCACUCUCCAAUACAAAUAUAAUGGAAGCCACAUAGGAAAUUUAAAAUUUCCUACUAGACAUAUUUUAGAAAAGUAAAAAGAAAAAAAAGAAACAGUUGAAACUAUUUAAUAAUAUUUAACCUAGUGUAUCCAAAA